UUUUCAAAAUGUUGUUGUGGGGAUGUCAUAUAUCAAAAUAUUUAAGAAAUAUACUAUAAUUUUUCUUGUAGUAUGCUUCUUUAGCACUGUUAUAUAGAAACAUGUGCCUAUUAAAACCUAGAAGAUAUAUUUUUAGUUUCUGUAGAAUGUGUGAAUUUUUCUUAUGGCCAAAAGAUAUGAAAAUGUAGAGGACUUGAUAUAAGAAGGUGGAUUUAAAGGCGAGAGAGAGAGAGGAAGAGAGAGAGAGAAUGAUGAAAAGUGAUUAAGAGGUUAUUUUGACUUGUCAGUAAUAUUGUCACUGUAUGUAAGCUGUUAAACUUCUUAGUACUGAUGGGGUAAAACUGUCGAAACGGCCACACAAAAGAGAACAGAGAAUCACCAGACAGGCUGACAGGACACGGUACAAUAAAGCGGCCAACAUCGAUGAUCAGUGGGUUAUCACUUUGUCUUUGUGUCUCUAGCACCUGCUACUAAUUGGUGCAGAGAGCUCACCAGUUCCUAUGUGGUUUAGCACACUCAGCUCUCCUGGCCCGUGUUGAAGCAGGACAGCUAAUUGCUGUUGCUUCCGUGCCAGUGCAUCACCAUGCUGAGCUAAUAGCGACAGAUAGAGGGCAGACGGAUUCCUGUGAGCAGCUUAGAGUUAGUUGCCUGUGAUAACUAAGGCAGUUGGCAUGCAUCUCAGAACGGGGAGAAAGAGAGUGUGCCUUCUGGGUUAAUACGUGGAGGUUUUUUUUUUUUUUUUUAAUCUCUAGUAACAUUUUCGUGAUGAGCCAGGACUGGAUGUUAGUGCCUCACAGCAACAAGACGUGUGGCAUGAGAACAAAUCGUCUUGGAACUAGAUCAUGAGCAUUGGUUGUUUUGAAAGGAAUGUGCAGGAGGCAGCCUUGGCAAGAAAACUUGCUGCAUAAUCUUACUCGGGCUAAAGAUGAAACUUUAAACCGGCAAAUCAUCCUUGGGUGGAAUUUGACAGAAGAUGUUCCAAAAGUUUUAUCUCUGGAAAUGGUUAGCUUCAGGGAUUAUUCUGGGCUCUCUCUUCACAAUCUGCUUGGGCCAGUAUGAUGACGACUGGCAAUAUGAGGAUUGCAAACUAGCUAGGGGAGGACCACCAGCCACCAUAGUUGCCAUUGAUGAAGAGAGUCGGAAUGGUACAAUUCUGGUGGAUAACAUGCUGAUCAAAGGGACUGCUGGUGGACCAGACCCGACCAUAGAACUCUCUCUAAAGGACAAUGUGGAUUACUGGGUGUUGCUGGAUCCUGUUAAACAGAUGCUUUUCCUGAACAGCACAGGCAGAGUUCUGGAUAGAGAUCCGCCAAUGAACAUACACUCCAUCGUGGUGCAAGUCCAGUGCAUCAACAAAAAAGUGGGCACUGUUAUCUACCAUGAAGUUCGAAUCGUGGUGAGAGACAGGAAUGACAACUCACCCACAUUCAAGCAUGAAAGCUACUAUGCCACAGUGAAUGAGCUCACUCCUGUUGGCACCACGAUAUUUACAGGCUUUUCAGGAGACAAUGGAGCUACAGACAUAGAUGAUGGGCCAAAUGGACAGAUAGAAUAUGUUAUUCAAUAUAAUCCAGAUGAUCCGACAUCCAACGACACCUUUGAAAUUCCCCUCAUGUUGACUGGAAAUAUAGUGUUAAGAAAGAGACUCAACUAUGAAGAUAAGACUCGCUACUUUGUCAUCAUCCAAGCGAAUGACCGUGCACAAAAUCUGAAUGAACGGCGAACCACCACCACCACCCUCACAGUGGAUGUUCUGGAUGGAGAUGAUUUGGGUCCAAUGUUUCUUCCUUGUGUCCUCGUGCCAAACACUCGAGAUUGUCGCCCACUCACCUAUCAAGCUGCCAUACCUGAGUUGAGAACUCCAGAAGAACUGAAUCCUAUCAUUGUUACCCCAUUGAUUCAAGCCAUCGACCAGGACCAGAAUAUUCAACCACCAUCAGAUAGGCCAGGCAUCCUCUAUUCCAUCCUUGUUGGGACUCCUGAGGAUUACCCACGAUUUUUUCAUAUGCAUCCCAGGACUGCAGAACUUAGUCUCCUGGAGCCAGUAAAUAGAGACUUUCACCAGAAAUUUGAUUUGGUUAUUAAGGCCGAACAGGACAAUGGCCACCCUCUUCCUGCUUUUGCCAGUCUACAUAUUGAAAUACUGGAUGAGAACAAUCAGAGCCCGUAUUUCACAAUGCCCAGUUAUCAAGGCUAUAUUCUGGAAUCUGCCCCAGUGGGAGCAACUAUUUCCGACAGUCUAAAUUUGACCACCCCUCUAAGAAUUGUAGCUCUCGACAAGGAUAUAGAAGAUACAAAAGACCCAGAGCUUCACCUUUUUCUGAAUGAUUAUACUUCAGUCUUCACUGUCACACAGACUGGAAUCACUCGCUACCUCACCUUGCUUCAACCUGUGGACAGGGAAGAACAGCAAAUUUACACCUUUUCGAUAACAGCAUUUGAUGGUGUGCAAGAAAGUGAGCCAGUUAUCGUUAAUAUUCGGGUGAUGGAUGCAAAUGAUAACACUCCAACGUUCCCUGAAAUAUCCUAUGAUGUCUAUGUUUAUACAGAUAUGAACCCUGGAGACAGUGUUAUACAGCUCACUGCAGUCGACGCAGACGAAGGGUCAAACGGGGAGAUCACAUAUGAAAUCCUGGUUGGGGCUCAGGGAGACUUCAUCAUCAAUAAAACAACAGGGCUUAUCACCAUCGCUCCAGGGGUGGAAUUGAUAGUUGGGCGGACAUAUGCGCUCACCGUCCAAGCAGCGGAUAAUGCUCCUCCAGCAGAGAGAAGGCACUCCAUCUGCACUGUGUACAUUGAAGUGCUUCCUCCAAAUAAUCAAAGCCCGCCUCGCUUCCCACAGCUGAUGUAUAGCCUUGAAAUCAGUGAAGCCAUGAGGAUUGGUGCUGUUUUAUUAAAUCUACAGGCAACUGAUCGAGAGGGUGACCCAAUAACAUAUGCCAUUGAGAAUGGAGAUCCCCAGCGAGUUUUUAACCUCUCAGAAACUACUGGGAUUCUAACCUUAGGGAAAGCACUGGACCGGGAAAGCACUGAUCGCUACAUUCUGAUUGUCACUGCUUCUGAUGGCCGUCCGGAUGGGACCUCAACUGCCACAGUGAAUGUGGUGGUGACAGAUGUCAAUGACAAUGCUCCAGUGUUUGAUCCCUAUCUGCCCAGAAAUCUGUCAGUGGUAGAAGAAGAAGCCAAUGCCUUUGUGGGUCAAGUAAGGGCAACCGACCCUGAUGCGGGAUAAGAUGGUCAAGUCCACUACAGUUUGGGUAACUUCAAUAAUCUUUUUCGAAUCACAUCCAAUGGAGGCAUUUACACAGCUGUGAAGCUUAACAGAGAAGAGGACUACUAUGAACUUGUUGUUGUGGCAACUGAUGGAGCAGUGCACCCUCGUCAUUCAACUCUAACACUGGCCAUCAAGGUUCUGGAUAUUGAUGAUAAGCCUGUGUUCACCAACUCAACAUAUACUGUUGGUGAAGAGAAUCUGCCACCGGGGACCACUUUCCUUCAAAUAGAGGCCAAAGAUGUUGACCUUGGAGCAAAUGUGUCUUAUCGGAUAAGAAGUCCAGAAGUCAAGCACUUUUUUGCACUACAUCCAUUUACAGGAGAACUCUCCCUUUUAAGGAGUUUGGACUAUGAGUCAUUUCCAGACCAGGAAGCAAGUAUCACUUUUCUAGUGGAGGCCUUUGAUAUUUAUGGAACAAUGCCACCUGGCAUUGCUACUGUCACAGUGAUAGUGAAGGAUAUGAAUGAUUAUCCUCCAGUAUUUAGUAAACGGAUCUACAAGGGGAUGGUGGCUCCCGAUGCCGUCAAGGGUACACCUAUCACAACCGUUUAUGCUGAAGAUGCAGACCCUCCUGGAUUACCUGCAAGUCGUGUGAGGUAUAGAGUAGAUGAUAUCCAGUUUCCUUAUCCUGCCAGUAUUUUUGAUGUAGAAGAAGAUUCUGGAAGAGUAAUAACUCGUGUCAAUCUUAAUGAAGAGCCUACAACAAUUUUCAAGUUGGUGGUUGUUGCUUUUGAUGAUGGUGAGCCUGUGAUGUCCAGCAGUGCCACUGUUAAAAUUCUUGUCUUACAUCCUGGAGAAAUCCCACGCUUCACACAAGAGGAAUACAGGCCUCCUCCAGUAAGCGAACUUGCAGCCAAAGGGACUAUGGUUGGUCUAAUUUCUGCUGCAGCCAUCAAUCAGAGUAUUGUGUACUCCAUUGUUUCGGGAAAUGAAGAGGAUAAGUUUGGAAUUAAUAACAUCACGGGUGUGAUCUAUGUAAAUGCCCCUCUGGAUUAUGAGACAAGGACAAGCUACGUACUUCGAGUCCAAGCAGAUUCCCUGGAAGUGGUCCUUGCCAAUCUCCGAGUUCCUUCAAAAAGCAAUACAGCUAAAGUGUAUAUUGAGAUUCAGGAUGAAAAUGAUCAUCCCCCAGUUUUUCAGAAAAAAUUCUACAUUGGAGGUGUAUCUGAAGAUGCAAGAAUGUUUGCUUCUGUGCUCAGAGUUAAGGCUACUGAUAAAGAUACCGGCAAUUAUAGUGCCAUGGCAUACAGACUCAUAAUCCCACCAAUUAAAGAGGGAAAAGAAGGAUUUGUGGUGGAAACAUACACAGGGCUUAUCAAAACAGCUAUGCUCUUCCAUAAUAUGAGGAGAUCUUACUUCAAGUUUCAAGUCAUCGCAACUGACGACUAUGGGAAGGGACUGAGUGGCAAAGCAGAUGUGCUUGUCUCUGUGGUCAAUCAGCUGGAUAUGCAAGUCAUCGUUUCUAAUGUACCUCCUACUCUAGUGGAAAAAAAGAUAGAAGAUCUUACAGAGAUUUUGGAUCGUUAUGUUCAGGAGCAAAUUCCUGGUGCCAAGGUUGUGGUGGAGUCCAUCGGUGCUCGCCGGCAUGGCGAUGCUUUUUCUCUAGAAGAUUACACUAAGUGUGACUUGACUGUCUAUGCAAUUGACCCCCAAACGAACAGAGCCGUUGACAGAAAUGAGCUUUUUAAAUUUUUGGAUGGCAAACUACUCGAUAUCAAUAAAGACUUUCAGCCAUAUUAUGGAGAAGGAGGACGCAUCUUGGAGAUCCGGACUCCAGAGGCAGUGACCAGCAUUAAAAAGCGAGGAGAAAGUCUAGGCUAUACAGAAGGGGCCUUGCUGGCUCUGGCUUUUAUCAUCAUCCUCUGCUGUAUUCCAGCCAUCUUGGUGGUUUUGGUCAGCUACAGACAGUUUAAAGUACGCCAAGCUGAGUGCACCAAGACAGCGCGCAUCCAGUCCGCCCUGCCUGCAGCUAAACCAGCAGCGCCUGCCCCGGCACCAGUGGCGAUGCCUCCACCACCCCCGCCUCCUCCGGGUGCACAUCUCUAUGAAGAACUUGGGGAUAGCACAAUGAGAGGUUAUACAUCAGAGCAACAACAACUGCUGAGGCCUUCUCUUCUUAAACCAGAGGAGUUAUCCAUGGAGUCUGGAAUUGAUCCUGGCCAGGAAUAUGGACAAGAUUAUUACAGUUAUGAGCAUGGGUAUGAAAUGCCUCAAUAUGGAAGUCGCCGUCGUUUGUUACCACCAGCUGGACAAGAGGAAUAUGGUGAGGUGGUUGGUGAAGCUGAGGAGGAAUAUGAGGAGGAAGAGGAAAAGGCAAAGAAAGUUAGAAAACCCAAAGUUGAAAUCAGAGAGCCUAGUGAGGAGGAAGAAGUAGUUGUCACUAUUGAAAAGCCACCAGCAGCUGAGCCUACAUACACGACGUGGAAGAGAGCCAGGAUAUUCCCCAUGAUUUUUAAGAAAGUUAAAGGACUAGCUGAUAGAAGAGCCGUCAUCCACCUUGAGGAUGAAGAGUGGCAGAGACGUCUUGAGGAAGAAGAUAAAGAUUAUUUGAAACUAACUUUGGACCAAGAGGAAGCUACAGAAAGCACAGUAGAAUCAGAGGAGGAGGAAUCUUCCAGCGACUAUACUGAAUACAGUGAAGAGGAAUCUGAGUUCAGCGAGUCGGAGACAACGGAAGAGGAGUCUGAGUCGGAGACACCUUCUGAGGAAGAAGAGAGUUCCACCCCUGAGUCAGAAGAAUCAGAAUCCACAGAGUCAGAAGGAGAAAAGGCAAGGAAAAACAUUGUUCUUGCAAGAAGAAGGCCUGUUGUUGAAGAGGUCAAGGAAGUAAAAGGCAGAAAAGAGAAGCCCCCUCAAGAGCCAGAAGAACCGAAAGUGAAGGAGGAAGAAGAAGGCCCAGCAGAAGUUCAAGAAAGUGAACUGGCCCCUGUGGAAGAACCAAUAGACCUCGAAUCUCAACAUAUCACUGAGGAGGGCAGUGCAGAGUCAGCUUCUGUGGAGGGAGGUGUGGAAAGUGAGGAGGAAUCAGAAUCGGGCAGUAGUAGCAUCAGUAGUGAAAGCCAGUCUGGAGGUCCUUGGGGCUUUCAGGUGCCAGAGUAUGACCCAAGCAAGCAUGCAAACCAAAAGAAGUCCCCAGGAGCAAACUCAGAAGGUUACAACACAGCUCUUUAAAAAAGAUCACAGUAGGUGAAAGUUUUGCAGUGAUGAGUGCUCUUGUGUGCAGUGCUUUCUGUGUGUUCUCUGAAAUGACACUUGAAGAGGAGGAAAUUGAUCAUGAAUUUUAUCUGAUUUAAGAUUAGAAGCAUGCCAGAAAAGUGAAUAUAUAUGCUAUCCAAAUAGAUUUGUAUGUUAGAAUUUACCAGGAUAAAUCUGACUAAUCUUUUUUAUUUUAGUAAUUCAGAAGACAUGCAAUCAGUUUUUAUAUCUUUAUAUAUAAAAUAAAUCCUUAAGAAAAGCUACAACAAAUGAGAGCUCUGCAAGUCUACUUCUGCAUAUAUGUACAUUUCAGCUGGCAAAGGUAUUAUCAAAAAUACCAUGAAUGUGUUUAGGUUUAUAGCUGGCACUUUCAAAUAUUAGGAGUUAGAAUAAAUUUUAAAAAAAUAAAAUUUAUUACUAUUUCUUUUCUGAGUGUGAAUUAAAAUAGAUUUAGAAAAAAUUAAAUUGUAACUUACAAUUUUUUAUGGGUAACAUGAUUAAUUUUGAACUAUAUUUUUGGAAAUCCAAAAGCAUAGCUUACUUAGUAUAACAUGUUGGUAGUUCACAUAUCCCCAAAAUGCAAUACUAUUUUAAGAAUAACCAAGUAUUUUUUAACGUUUACACCUUGCCAUUUCUAGUGUGGAUCGGUAAAAGAAAAAUAAAUUUGUGGAAAUGUCCAUUAUGUUCCAGUUACUUACGAAAGGAAAAUUUAUAAUCAUUGGUUUUGGUUUUGUGUAUUACCAAAUAAAUACCAUAGGAAGGGAAGAUAUUUUUGUUUAAGUUAACAUAUAUUGAAAUAGUAUGACCCAUAAAUCAGAAUGCUUCAAAUGAAUAAAUGCAUUAAAUUAUACAAAAGUUUUGGCUAAUAAUGGAGGAUUAAUUAGGAAUUAGAAUAUUACAAGUGUCAAGUACCUUUAAAAUAUUAGGAAUGGAAGUAUUAUGUGAAUAGAAUAUACUAAUAAUGCUGGGCAUUCCUUUCAAUUUAACUUUCUUAAAGAGCAUAGCAACUGUCAAACAGUGGAUCACAUUCUUAAAUAUAACCAGUAUACCUUUUUUUCAUGGUUGAGCAGUAAUUGGAUCUAAACGAAUACAGGUACUUCCUGAAACGUCUACAUUCUAAUUCAGCAACUUUUUUUCCAGAAGUUAUUAAGCUCUAAAAGCAAUGAAGAAUUGGUAGAAAAGAAAUGAAUUAAUAAAGAAGUUCUUCCCUUAACUUCUGAGUUAUUUACCUUUGUUAGCUUUCUGUCAAAGGUUUUGAAUUUCACAGGCAUUGUAAUCCUUACUCUUUUAAUUCUUUAGGUAAUGACUC